UUGUGUCUGUCGGUUGUAUUGAGUUGUUUUGUGUCAGCUGUAGUUGUGUUGAUUAUUUCAGAGACCCAGCCGGAGAAGAGCCCUGAGAGCAGCAUGGAGGAGAACAAGGAGACCCCUGGAGCUCAGAAACCAAAAGGAAAGGAGAAACGUCACAGCUGUCAGCAAUGUGACAAGUCCUAUACAACAUCUGUAACUUUAAAGCGCCACCUGCUUAUUCACACCAGAGAAAACCCGUACAGCUGUGAAGAGUGUGGGAAAACUUUCACUAGAUCAGAUCAUCUCAAAACACAUCACCGUAUUCACACUGGAGAAAAACCGUACAGCUGUGAAGAGUGUGGGAAAACUUGCACUACAUCAAGUGAUCUCAAAAUACAUCUUCGUGUUCACACAGGAGAAAAACCCUACAGCUGUGAAGAGUGUGGGACAACUUGCACUACAUCAAGUGAUCUCAAAAUACAUCUUCGUGUUCACACAGGAGAAAAACCGUACAGCUGUGAAGAGUGUGGGAACACUUUCACUAGAUCAGAUGCUCUCAAAACACAUCACCUUAUUCACACAGGAGAAAAACCGUACAGCUGUGAAGAAUGUGGGAAAACUUUCACUACAUCAAGUAAUCUCACAAUACAUCACCGUAUUCACACAGGAGAAAAACCAUACUGGUGUGAAGAGUGUGGGAAAACUUUCACUACAUCAAGUAAUCUCACAACACAUCACCAUAUUCACACAGGAGAAAAACCAUACUGGUGUGAAGAGUGUGGGAAAACUUUCACUACAUCAAGUAAUCUCACAACACAUCACCGUAUUCACACGGGAGAAAAACCGUACUGCUGUGAAGAGUGUGGGAAAACUUUCACUACAUCAAGUACUCUCAAAAAACAUCACCGUAUUCACACAAGAGAAAACUCAUAG